CAGUAUAGUUCAUAACGUUUCAUUUCCCGGUUUAAAUGGCUUUUCAGUGUUCCUCUCAGGAAAAUCACAUAAAGCCUAAUUAAUCGUGCGCUGCUGAAAAGCGAGAGCUAACAUUUUUUUAAAGACCAGAUUUACAAAGACAAACAGAUGUGCAAUUUUCCUUUUCAAACUGUUCACUUUUCAAGAAACAGUACAAGCAGCACCGUGAAUUAGGAAAGCGAGCGUGUGCCAUGAAUCGAACAAUCGCGUAAUGAGUAUGGCGCGUGUUUCGUGCCAAAAGCGGAGGACGCCCCAUAAACGUGCGUGUGUUUGCGAGCGCUCGGCGUGCGUGAAUGCUGCUGUUGUUUGCGUCACUGUGUUCCGAGAGAGACCAGAGCUUCUGCCCACCCGUCCCGAGAUGACUCGUGGACACUAAUGCAGCUGUCAGAGCUGUGUACUGACUAGUAGAGCGAGGAGGCGGAGAGCUGUGGUCAUGGACUCUGGAUUAUGGACUCUGGAGCUGCUGGGUGUGUUUUUCUCGCUGACCGCUGGCUUGUGUUCUCUGGUCACCCUCAUGUUGCCGCGUUGGCUCACGCUCUCCACUGAGCUCCUGCCCACUGAGAGCUUUCAGCUGGGACUGUGGGAAACCUGCGUGGUUCAGGAUCUCGGGGUGACUGAGUGCCGGCCGUACGAUAGUCUGCUGGGUCUCCCAUCGGACAUCCGUCUGGCCCGAAUCCUGAUGUGCGCCACGCUGGUGACUGGUUUAAUCAGUCUGUUAUUUGCCAUCCCGGGCAUCUACCUGGUGAACAGCUGCAGACGCACGGAGAACUUUGAAGCCAAAAGGACAUUGAAGAUGCUUGGGGGGAUCUUCAGCGUCCUCACGGGCGUCCUUGGUCUUGUGCCCGUCUCGUAUGUGGCACAUCUGACAGUCCUACGGUUCUUCGAUGAGAGCGUGCCGAACGUGGUUCCUCGCUGGGAGUUCGGAGAUGCGCUUUUCUUUGGCUGGACGGCAGGGGGGUUGCAUUUGGUGGCUGGUUUCUUGCUGGUUACUUCAUGUUUGGUUUUGCAAGACGAAACAUGUUCGCUUCACCAAUCUAUAGCGCUAAACAGAACUCGUCCAGAACAAUCUCCACGCAGGAGGACAGAAUAUGUGUGAGAUUAUUGAUAAGCACAGUUUUGCUUCUACUAAUGUUUUGCAUUUUGCACUGAAAAGAUCAGAUAUAUUCGAAGACUGUAAAUAUAAUGCUGCUGUUUAGACUUAAUUUUGAUUAUAAAUCAUUUUUCGUGAAUCAUUUUAUAAGCUCAAACCCAAAUCUGCACGUGAAUGUGAUUCUAAUGAAAACACACACUACUAAUUGUGAAAAUUAUGCAAACUUUCCGAGAAAGUGCAACUUAGACUUUUAUGACUACAAAGUCAUAUAUGAGAGACAAUGUUAUGCUAAUUAUCCAAAUGUUACUGGAAAACCAGAUGCAAGUGUGUUUUUAUAUUUAAACAAAGAGUGACUGAAUGAGAGAAAUAUGUUAUUAUUUUACCUUGCGUUCUCUGAAUUGGCAAAGUACAAUAGUUGAUGAUCAAUUAAUAAAUCAGCUGAAUGUUCGUCUCUCUCAUGUGAUGUAUGAAGGUGCAAGUGAUUUUUCAGAUUUAUUAUUAUUCUUUUUUUUGUGCUUGUGAAAUAUCAACAGUUUCCAUUUUCACAAUAAUAUGUUUUCGUAUU